AUUGAAUUAAAAGAUUGAUAAUCGACACAAUCUAUCACAAUUUUAGCUCCAGAGAAUUUGCUCUGAGAAUAAAGCCUUUAAAUCCACCAUUCUGGUCAUAACUCUUGCCACUUACAAGGCAAGUGUGCAUUUGGAAUCUUGACAAUCCAGCACAAUUUUAGUUUCUGCGAAGAAAUGAAAACAGCUAUGAAGCAAGUCUUCAUUGGGGUUUCUCUCUUAAAACCAAAACCCAAAUUAGAAUUUCAGAGAAAAGCAAGAUACAUAAGUUAUACAACAACCCAAAGACAAGUUAAUCAUAUGGAGGAGGACGAAAACUUUGAUAGUGAAAGCAUAGCAAACAGGGAAUUCUGGACGAGAAAGAUUCAUAAGCUAUGUGCCAUUAAUGGAAAUGUUGAUGAGGCCCUUCAUCUCUUGGAUUGUCUCCGUCUUCGAGGCUUUCGACCGGACUCUCGAAAUCUCAGCAGUAUAAUCCAUGCCCUUUGUUGGUCCCAACGCUAUGCGGAGGCUCAUCAACGGUUCCUCUUCUUCAUUGCCUCUCAAUUCGUCCCAGAUGAGCGCACUUGCAAUGUCCUCAUUGCUCGUUUACUAUAUUCCCGUACCCCACAUAUUACGUUUCAUUUGGUUCGUAGUUUGUUCAGUGUGAACCCUGAGUUCAUUCCCUCUUUGAUGAACUAUAACCGUUUAAUUGAUCAAUUUUGCAAGUUAUCUGAGCCUCUUGUAGCUCACAGAGUUUUUUACGACAUGAUUUAUAGGGGGCAUUGUCCGAAUGUUGUUUCUUACACUACUUUGAUUAACGGGUAUUGUAAGUAUGGUGAAAUUGGUGCUGCAUACAAGCUUUUUGAUGAAAUGUCCGAGAAGGAUGUAGCACCUAAUUCUCUGACUUAUAGUGUUUUGCUUGGUGGGGUUUUGCGGAGCUGUGAUGCACAGCAUGGGAAGGACUUGAUGAGUCAGCUUUGGGAGCAGAUGCGAAAAGAUGAUGACCCAUCUGUUAAUUGUGCAGCAUUUGCCAACCUUGUGGAUAGUUUAUGUAGGGAAGGAUUUUUUCAUGAAGUUUUCGAAAUUGCUGAAGAUAUGCCUCAAGGUAGAAGUGUUUAUGAGGAAUUUGCUUAUACUCAAAUGGUUGAUUCUCUAUGCAGAGCCAGUAGGCAUCACGCGGCUUCAAGGAUAGUGUACAUAAUGAGAAAAAGAGGGUUUAUACCAAGCAGGGCAGCAUAUAAUUCUAUAAUUCACGGAUUAAGCAAGGAUGGGGGAUGUAUGAGGGCUUUCCAACUAUUUCAAGAAGGAGUUGCAUUUGGCUAUGUGCCAUCUGAGUAUACAUAUAAUAUCUUGGUAGAAAGUCUUUGUAAAGAUGGUGAUACAUCCAAGGCGAAGGAGGUUCUGCAAUGUGUUCUUGAAUUGAAAACUUUGGACCAGACUAGAAUCUAUAAUAUUUAUAUCAAGGCUCUGUGCCUUACUAAUAAUGCAAUAGAGCUCCUUAAUACACUUGUCUCUAUGCUGCGAGCACAAUGUAAGCCUGAUGUGAUCACUCUUAAUACUGUUAUUGAUGGGUUAUGCAAGAUGGGAAGGAUUCAAGACGCUGUAGAAAUAUAUAAUGAUAUGAUGCUGGGUAAAUUUUGUGAUCCUGAUGCCGUAACUUUUACGGUGGUAAUUGGUGGUUUAUUGAAUGCCGGGAGAAUGAAAGAAGCUCUUGUUCUGUUGCAUGAGAAAAUGCCUGAAAGGCAUCUCAAGCCUAGUGUUGUGACUUAUAAUGCUGUACUUCAAGGUUUAUUCAAGCUUGAGAAGGCUAAUGAAGCCAUGGAGAUCUACAGAGCCAUGGUAACACAAGGUGUAGAUGCUGAUAGCACCACAUAUACUAUAGUACUUGGUGGGCUUUGUGAGGCUGGUCGUUUAGAUGAGGCCAAAAGGUUUUGGGAUGAAAUAGUAUGGCCCUCAAAGAUUCAUGACAAUUUUGUUUAUGCUUCCGUUUUAAAAGGACUUUGUCGGUUGGGUAGGUUGGACGAGGCUUGUGACUUCUUAUAUGAGCUGGUAGAUUGUGGGGUAUCGCCUAAUAUUUUCAACUAUAACAUUUUAAUUGACGGCGCUUGUAAGUUGGGUUUGAAGAGUCAAGCUUACCAGCUUGUUGGGGAGAUGAGGAAGAAUGGGUUAUCUCCAGAUGCUGUUACUUGGAGGAUUCUUGACAAAUUACAUAGCAACUUGCAACUAGAAGAACAACAAGGAAAACACCAACAACUCAAAGUAGAACCUCCUCAGGACAGGGUUUCAGAAAAGGAACAUGUAGGCAAUGAUAUAAAAAUGGCUAUGAUUAAUCAUCGCUUUUAGAUGAGGGGAAUGGAAAUGAGACACAUUCAACUUAAUGAAUGCUGUAUGCCUGUAUCUAAUAAAGCUUACAGAGUUUAGUAUCGUUGGUAGAGUCGUGAAGCAUCAAAGAAGGCCUUCGUGUUCGUCCUUGCUGAGAGAUCAUGUCUUUGGUUACUAGAGGAAUGUCUACAUGGCCUUUUAGUAUCCAAGACUGAUAUAUGUCACACACUCACACACCAAUUGGAGUUAUUACUUGCUGCUGAUUGGAAGUGCUUUUUGUCUCCUAGCAAGGGCAACUCUCCUUUUGACUGCUGCAUACAAGAUAGCUACUUCACUAUUCAAAUGGCAUAGAAAAACUUUCAGAUGAAUAAGUAUCAUACAUUUUCUGCUGGAUUUGAAGUGGCAUGAUCGAAAUAGUCCGCUAAACUAUGUUCAUGGUUCAGGCAUCUAUAGAUCAGAGUGCUUGCCUUUCGAAAGAAAUUGGAGAUGAAAAUUAUGAUGUUACGCCCUUGAUAAAUGCCAACUUGGAGAUGAAUUAGAAAGAAAGAAGGGAGGCUUGAUUCAAUAGAUUAAUAACACCCGAGGAACGCUCUUGAAUGCAGCUAUUACACCCUUAUAGUGAGUUCUGAAGGGAAAAUCCUACCUUGUGUAAUAUUCUGCCAUGGUAACAGCAGCAAUAUUCAACGGAUGCUGAAAGCUCGGAUCUGAGGCUAUUAGAGUGCUGCAGCAGUGUGCUGCUAAGUUGCUGCUGCUAGGAGGCCUGGUGGAGUGGUGGGUUCGGCAGCAGGGGCUGGGGGAUAUUGAUUCUUCUCUUUUAUUUAUAAAUUUGUAAAUUUUUGUCUAUACUGUAUUAUGAGCAUAAUUUGUAAAAGAACUUUAAUUUCUAUUUAUAUUUUAGUUGUUUGUCUAUCAAUUUGACAUAAAAGUGUAAGAAGAAUUUUUUUUUUAAAGGUGUUUAGGUUUUGGUUAAACCUGGAAAACGCUCGUGAUGUUACAACUGUAUCGACUUUUGGUAAAAAUCCUAGCAAAUAACAAUUA